CACAAUAACUGAAAACGUAACCCCAGGAUCUGAUAGGAAAUUGUAUCUGUUUUUCUUGUCUAUUUGUGUAACCAAAAAAAUAUUGUACAUUCGUAAUAUCCUGACGAUACAGUAUUCGUCAUUUUGCUAUCAUUCGUGUCGGCCAGAAUAGAAACAAGGAUAGUAAAUGCUCUUCUCUCAAUAAUUAAAACUAUUAAAAAGAGCCGUCCUGUUUAUAAGAGAAAAAGUUAAUUUAACUAUUAAUUAAAUUAAUUUAUUUAAAAAAGCAAUUUUGCAUUAAAAAUAAAGAGCAAUUUACUUCAUAGUGAUAAAAAAAAGGAAAAUAUUUCUAUAAAACGUCAAAUGAAAAGUUUUUUUUUGGGAAAAAAAUAAAUUACAGGAAAAUUUAGUGAUUUUUUUGUGUUUUCAAGUGAUAAAAAUCGUGUGUAUAAAAAAACAAUUAAAAUUUUUGUGUACAUUUAAGGAAUAUAAUUUUAAUGUUAAAUGUUUAAUUUUAAAAGCUUUUGCUUGUUAUUAAUGAAAUAAGGCGUCCAAUAAGAGGAAAAUUUUUGUGUAAAUAAUGUCUAAAGUUUUAUUGCCACAAAAGGCACAACUAAAACAACAACAACUACAACAGCAGCAGGAAAAUUCUACAACUACAAAACCCAAAAUAAUGAUGGCUUCAUCAACACAAAUAAAACUUUCCAAAGAAACACAAAAUCUGCAAAAUUUUACCACACCCAAACAAACCAACAGCGAAAAGUUUCCACAGCCGGCCUCGCCUUCGGGCACUAUUGACUUUGAUGAUUUCACCUCCAGCAGCAGUAUUAUGGAAUUUCUUAAACAAGAACAGAAAUGUGGAGGCCCAGAUGAUUUAAGCAAUGGCCACGACAGUGAAAUUGAUGCUGAAAGUAUUUUUCAAGAAGUUUCUCGCUUGGCGGACAAUUCUGAUACACGUAGUGUUGAUGAAUUGUUGCGUGAGGCGGAACUGCUGCUGCAGCAUCAUCAUUUUAUGGAUAAUUUUGCACAAAAUCCCAAAAAGAAAAACUCCAAACCGGCACAGGCCUUAAAGACCCAAACACAGUCAACCAUACAAAUGAAUUCGAAAUAUACUAAGAGUAUUGAGAAUGUUAAGCCUCCUAAUAUGGUAAACAAGUUAAUCAAUGGCUAUGUAGAUCCCACCCCCGAAACUCCCACCCCUACAAAUCCUUUAUCAACUGGCAGCAAUAAUAAUACCUUUAAUGCUUUUGUUGAUAAUUUACCCUCGGAAUCGGUGUUGUCCGAAGAAAGUGUGCCUCUGGAUCUGCAAGGCACUACCACCGCCUCGGUAAAAUCCUCGUCGUCCAGUAAUAAUACCACCGGCAAGGAUAUUACCACCAAACAAAUGGAUGGUGAUGAUACUGAUGAUGGCACUGAUACGCAAAAACUAUACAAUAAUAUAGUUGAGGGUUCUGCAUCAAUAUCCAAUCUUAGAAAUUGUGCUACUUCAACUAGAUAUGUCCAUAAAUCCAAUGGUCAAAGUGAAACCUACUUCACUAGGCGUGAUCAGUAG